UUGGCGCUUGCUUACGUCAUAUACACGCGCCGAUGAAAUCGCGACUGCUCGGAAGCACGAUGGAAGUUGAUGGGCAGUCUACGCUUUCACUUCGGGAAUUUGGUUGUGAACAGAACCUUUUGUCACGACCCGAUGGCUCGGCCUCGUUCGUACAAGGAGACACCAGCGUGUUGGCAGGAGUGUAUGGACCAGCAGAGGUGAAGGUCAGUAAGGAGAUCUAUGACCGGGCCACUCUGGAGGUCGUCAUCCAGCCAAAAGUGGGGCUAGCAGGAGUGAAAGAACGAGCCAGAGAGCAGUGCGUGCGGGAGACGUGUGAGGCCGCCCUCCUCUCCACUCUUCACCCUCGUUCCUCCCUUUCUCUCGUGCUUCAGGUGGUUCAUGAUGAUGGCUCGCUCCUGUCCUGCAGUCUGAACGCAGCCUGUAUGGCUCUGAUGGACGCCGGGCUCCCCAUGGGCUGCCUCUUCUGCGGGGUCACCUGCGCCAUCGACCCGGACGGACUCAUCAUCACUGACCCCACGGCCCAGCAGGAGAAGAAUAGUCGCGCUGUGAUGACCUUUGCGAUCGACAGUGCGCAGCGCAGAGUGAUGAUGUCAUCAACCAAAGGGUCGUUUUCAGUGAAUGAGCUGCAGCAGUGUAUAGCUGUGAGUCAGAGGGCUUCAGAGAAGAUCUUCCAGUUCUACAGAGACUCUGUCAGACGGCGGUAUUCCAAGACCCUCUGACCGCAUCCGUGCUCUUUUCUCCCCCCUCCUUACCAGACCUGGGUCAAAGGCUGCAUUUCAAAUGCCUUCAUUUUAGAUUCCUGUAAAAUUCCUACAGAUUACUGGUGACUUUAAGGGAGGAACAGAACUGUAAAUGUUACCUGCACAUUCAAAUACAUAUUUGACCCAGGUCUGUGUUAUUUUUUUAUUUUUAUUGAAUAAAAUAAGAAGAAAAUGAGUGUUUUCCUGUUUUGUUUUUUUCUGUUUUGUUUUUCUCUCCCUUUGCUGCAACAGACGUUCUCUGAUCCUUCCUAAGGAGCAAAUGUGAAAACAUGGUGUGACUCAGUAACUGCUCAGUUGGUUGGCUGGCCUUCCUGCAGUUUCAGUUUGUAUAACCAGCACACUGCAGCUCGUCUGUAUUUUUACAGAGAAAGAAGAAAUAUUGAAAUCAAGUGCAUUUAUUUGAUAGAUUUUGCAAUUGCAUAUUUACAUACACGUUAACAUGGACAGCAGCUGGCCUGAGACCAGGGGAAUAAAAGAUACCUUUUCUGAUA